AUGUAUCUUGAGAAUAGUCUCAGCUUUGGUGGGAAGAGUGUUCCAUCCCGUGUUGGUGAUGGUGAUAAUGAUGACGGUGUUCGCUCUAAUGUUGCCACUCUUUCUCAAAGUGAUGUACUUGCCAAUAUGAUGUAUUUUUAUCUUACAUUUUUAUUAGCGGUAAUUGCCUUGGGUGGAAUUGGCUUCUGCAUUAGAGAGUAUACUGUUUCUGUGGCGUUGAAAACAUCACCAACUAGCUUGAUAAUCCGAGAUUCCAAUUGGAGUGGUGAUAGUUCCACUCCCAAAGAGAAUGGAAAUGAAUGCAAACUUUUCCUUUCUGGCGAUAGCCAACAACCAACAGCUCCUGGUUUAGUACAAGAGCCUAAAGGUAACCAAGAUGAUUUGUAUGUUGUCUCCAACGAUUAUGGGGGCCACGAUAAAGGUAGUAUCAAUGUUAAAAGAUAUAAGCAUUUGAACAAAUCUAAGUGUUCCUUGGUAGAUAAUUCGUUGGUGACCCCAAACUAUGAUGCUAAACUACAAUUAUCCACUGAAGAUUUGAUAAACAGUGGAUUCUGUGAUAAAUCAAUUGCUAAGUUCAUGUAUGAACAAUCAUCAUCUACUAUAUGUAGCGAUCAAAGGGAUCUCCCGUUACCAGUACAGGAAAUGGAGUCGAAGAAGAGCACUAAAUUAGUGUACUCUUUGAAGAAGUGCAAUAAAAUUCGUGAAAAAGUCAACAAAGCCAUUUUCACUGAACACAAGCAGAUCUUUCAAUUCUUCAAUCAAACCAGGAUACCAGCAACUGCUUUUGAAACUCUAUGGCAAGCUGACAAGAUGAUUUCCGGUAUUAGAAGAGUGGUGUUGGAUCCAGGGAAUAGCAGCAAUGAAGCCACUGUGGCUAAAGGUAUUGAAGUAUUGAAGAUGAUUUCAAUUGCUAGUACUACGUUUGACCGAAUGGGUAAUCUUAAUCCGAAUUUCUUUCUUCCUCAGUAUAAUGACUUGAUUGAGGUAUUGAUAGAUACAGGAGCGGUGUUCGAUGUUGUUGACAAGGUAACAGACACUGCUAAGGUACUAUUCAUUGAUUCUACUAUCAAGCAUUUAUGGAGUCAUUUAACUUAUAGAGAAAGUGAUACACUGAUGAUAGAAAUGGCAUUCUCACAAUUUAAAACAGAACCAUACCUCAAGCCUAGGAAAACUAUUUUCAGAUUAUUUUGCAAUCUUCGUUUGGGUAUUCAUCUUAUCAAAGCCCCUGGAAAUAUCCUAAAGAGAUUUGAAACUCAAUUAAUAAUCUUUUCCAGUGAAUUAGUAAAAAAAAUCAGAUGCAAUGAACAUAUCUCUUUGAUUCCAAUGUUAGCUCAAGCCAUUGAUUUAUCUGUGGAUACUCAGAUCAAAUACUUUUUCUACCAAAUAACCCAUAAGAUAAUUGUCUUGCACAAUGACUGUUGUAUUGGAGAAUCACUAGAUGAUGAUAGUCUAGAUAUAAAGGCUAUAAUUCAGCACGGUAUGUGGAAACUACAAAAUCAUUUGAUUAGAUCGAUUGCUAAAGAUACUUUUGAAAUUCUUUGUCUUAUCCGACCCGGAGUUAUAAUGUGGCAAAGAGAACUUCUUAAAGGACUUGUGGAUCCAUCUUCAGCUGUAAUAGUUGAAUCACAUAGAUCACCUACUCGAAUUAAUCGUACUGGAGAAACUUCAGGUGACACUUUGACUUUAAAUGAUCUUGAACACAGUACAAGCUCUGGAUCACGAUUCCGUGGGAGAACUCCAGGCUCUUGGGAUAUUGGUAUAUAA